CGGAAAUUUUCUACGUCAUACGGAAGGAAGUGAUGUACAAACAGUUUGCGCCGUUUCUCAUUGAGUUGCAACGUUACGAAUGUUUAACAUUUUUCUGGUGGUAUUGAACAUUCUCAUUUAUCUCUGUAGAGAGUAAGGAGGUAUAUAACCACAAACAUGUCUGACAACGAAGACAAUUUUGAUGAUGGAGAUUUUGAUGACGCUGAAGAAGAUGAAGGGCUGGAUGACCUGGAAAAUGCUGAAGAUGAGGAUGCCGAGAAUAUUCAGAUUCUACCUGCGGGGGAGGGGCAGCAGGCCAACCAGAAAAGAAUCACCACGUCCUACAUGACCAAGUAUGAGAGAGCUAGAGUUCUGGGCACCCGGGCUCUACAGAUAGCAAUGUGUGCGCCGGUCAUGGUGGAGCUGGAAGGAGAGACGGAUCCUCUGCAAAUUGCGAUGAAGGAACUGAAGAGCAGAAAAAUCCCCAUCAUUAUCAGGAGGUACCUGCCGGAUGGGAGCUACGAGGACUGGGGCUGUGAUGAGCUCAUCAUCACUGACUGAGGCUGAGCCGUGUGGCAGGGGAGCCCCUCUGGAACCCUGGCAUGGGGAGAUCGCCAGGCUGGACAAGCCCUCCCCUCCCCUCCCCUAAUGCAGCCUUCCCCCCUGCAGAGAGAUAUGGACAGACCUGUGUAAUAAAGCACACAGAGUAUCCUGAGUAUUUAUGUUGCAUAUAUUUCAAGGAAACCAUCUUAGUUUGAUGACAUGCAGGUGUUGUAGGUGUACUGCACUUAAAACAAGACCAGGUCAAAACCUAGUAUAUGGCUGGACCUAACACACUUCAUCCGGCCGGCCAAUGGUGUAUCUUCAUCAGUCACUCAGUCACAGACAUUCGCAUUUGUAGGGCUGGCCCCACGGUUCAGCCAAAAAUUGUGAGGGUAGUGUAUGUACACCCAUCAUCCUCAAGAGGGAGAUCAACAUCUAGGCAAUGGGGGGGGGGGGGGAAUCCUCUUACUACAGUUGAUCAGAUCUUUCUGAACAUUGGUAAAGUGGCAGCAGCUAAAAUGUGUUCCAUCUUCUUCCAUUUAUGUGUGAAAAUAUUUUAUAAGUUU